ACAGAACCAAAAAAAAUGUCUGUUGUUCUGUCACUCUGUGUACCUAUUCGUAUUGCAAUUUGUAUUUUGUGUAAAUAUUAGGAUAAAUAAGACACCAACUUAAAUCGUCAUAUAAUAAACUGUUUCAAAUGAAUUUCUUACAUAAUUUUAAUCCAGAGACUUCUACCCGUGAGCGGAGAAAGCUAAAUCGUAAAUGUUACUUUUUAAAUCGUAAAACAAAGAAACUUUACAAUGAAAGAGGUCAUUUAACUUCGUCAGGAGAAGACGUGUGUGACUGCUUACAUGAGACGUGCCCUGGAUGUCAUUUUCCAUGCCCAAAGUGUGGUUCAAAUAAAUGUGGUCAGGAGUGCAGAGUAAACCGAAAGUGGAUGUAUGAAAAAAUUGAAAUUGAAGGCAAUGACUUUGCAAUAAGAAACGUCUAUAGUAAAACGAAGUAAAAUGAGAAUUAUUCAUGAACAUUCGCCAAUAAUUUAAAGAAAUAUUCAACUUCAAGUUCACCAUCUUCUGGAAGAUCUGUACAGUGUACAGCAUUGUGUACAAUAUUCUUUCCGUAUUGUGCUCGUAUGGAAUUUGGAUACAACUGACGACAUAGCUCCUGCAAUGUAAAGAUAAUGUAGCAUUGACAGCUUUAUUUCAAAUAAUUUAUGAAGCUAAAAUUAUCUGUAAUAAAUGAUGUGAAGAAAAUAAUAA